CACGCGCUAGGCCCCGCCUCCACAACAAACCCCGCCCCCCCAGUGCUGACACGCCUCGCAGGGCCUCGCCUUGCCCACUCCAGUCAGAAGGCCGCCAUCACGCCCCGGGUCUCCAGGCCUCCGUCUUCGCGAGAUUACAUUGUGCACCCACCAUGAGUCUUGAUAUCCAGUGUGAGCACCUGAGUGAUGCCAGGUGGACAGAGCUCGUUCCCCUGAUCCAGCAAUACCAAGUGGUCAGGUUGGAUGACUGUGGCCUCACUGAGGUGCGGUGCAAAGACAUCAGCUCAGCGAUCCAGGCCAACCCUACCCUCAUAGAGCUCAGCCUCUGCACCAAUGAGCUGGGGGAUGCUGGUGUGUGCCUGGUGCUCCAGGGCCUGCAGAAGCCCACCUGUAAGAUCCAGAAGCUGAGCCUCCAGAACUGCAGCUUGACGGAAGCUGGCUGUGGGGUCCUGCCUAACGUGCUGCGCUCUUUGCCUACCCUGCGUGAGCUACACCUCAGUGACAACCCUCUGGGGGAUGCAGGCCUGAAGCUGCUCUGUGAAGGACUUCUGGACCCCCAGUGCCGCCUUGAGAAGCUUCAGUUGGAAUACUGUAACCUCACAGCUACCAGCUGCGAGCCCCUGGCUUCAGUGCUCAGGGUGAAACCUGACUUUAAGGAGAUAGUGUUGAGCAACAACGACCUCCACGAGGCUGGUAUCCAGAUGCUGUGCCAGGGCUUGAAAGACUCUGCCUGUCAACUGGAGUCACUCAAGCUGGAGAGCUGUGGUAUCACGUCAGCUAACUGCAAGGAUCUGUGUGAUGUCGUGGCCUCCAAAGCCUCACUGCGGCAACUGGACCUGGGCAGCAACAAGUUGGGUAAUGCGGGCAUUGCAGCUCUGUGCUCAGGACUGCUGCUCCCCAGCUGCAGGCUCAGGACUCUGUGGCUGUGGGAGUGUGAUAUCACCGCAGAGGGCUGUAAGGACCUGUGCCGUGUCCUCAGGGCCAAGCAGAGCCUGAAGGAACUCAGCUUAGCUGGCAAUGAGCUGAGGGAUGAAGGUGCCCAGCUGCUGUGUGAGAGCCUGCUGGAGCCUGGCUGUCAGCUGGAGUCGCUGUGGGUAAAGACCUGCAGCCUCACAGCUGCCUCUUGUUCCCACUUCUGCUCUGUGUUGACCAAGAAUCGUUCUCUGCUGGAGCUGCAAAUGAGCAGCAAUCCCCUGGGGGACUUGGGAGUCCUGGAACUGUGCAAGGCCCUGGGCCAGCCAGACACUGUGCUGCGUGUGCUUUGGCUGGGGGACUGUGACGUGACAAACAGUGGUUGCAGCAGCCUUGCCUCAGUCCUGCUGACCAACCGCAGCCUGCGGGAACUGGACCUCAGUAACAACUGCAUGGGUGACUCAGGUGUCCUGCAACUGAUGGAGAGCCUCAAACAGCCCAGCUGUGCCCUUCAGCAGCUAGUCCUGUAUGACAUUUACUGGACGGGGGAGGUGGAAGACCAGCUGCGGGCCCUGGAGGAGGAAAGGCCAUCCUUGAGGAUCAUCUCCUGAGAUGUGCACUUCUCUGGACACACAACAUUAAUCCAGCCCCAGGGGCAGCCAGCAGGAUCUCUGGCUCUGGGUGUCCUAGUGUUGACCAGAGAUAAACAUUGUAAUCUUAUUUCAGCAGAAAACUUUAUAGACACUUUAUAACUAUUAAAGUACUUUGUUGGCAAGAAA